AAUAAUAAUAAUAUAACUAUUGAAAAUAAUAGUGAUAAAAUACGUUAUGAUUGGAAUGAGUUAAGUGAUUUAAAUUCAAUAAGCUAUAAUAGUAGCUCUGAUUCAAAUAGUAUUCAUAGUAAUAAUAGUAAUCAAUCAUCAAUAAGUAAUACAAGUAGUAGCAAUAAUAAUAAUUGUUGUGGUGGAAAUAAUAAUCAUAAUUUACAAAAAAAUAUUCAAUUUAAAAAAAUUUCUGCUAUUGAAUCUUUUGGUUAUAUUAAUAAUAAUAAUUUACUUUUUGGAAAAUUACGAAAUAUUGAAGAUAAUAACAGUAUUCAGGAUAAGGAGCAAUCUAUAAAAUCGGGUAUUAAGAAUAAUAUGGAACGUCGCCGUAAUACAUUGGACCGCCUUCAAGAUCAAAUACGAUUAAAUUUUGGCCGCCGAUCUUCUCCAAGUCCAACACAACAAGAAAAACAAAGAAAAUCUGCAGAAAAAUCAGAAAAACUACGUGAACUUACAGAAUUAUUACGUGGCACAUCUAGUACUAGUUCUCAUUCAAAUCGUUUUUCACCGACUCCACCACCAAUACCACCACCGAGAAAACCUCGUCACGGUUCCCAACAAUCGAGUUUUGAAAAAUCAACUGAAAAACUACCUCCCGAUCCCGGACCCCCGCCUUCUCCAAUUUCUCCUUUACGUGCAGCUGAUUCCGAAGACAUCCUACCAAUGGAUCAAGAAGCCGAAGACGAACCACAUCGAUACUCUGCGCCACAAUUAACAUCAUCUACUAACAAUAGGGAGAAAAUUGUACAGUCUCCAUCACCGCCACCGUUACCUCCACCACCACCCCCGCCAUUACCGCCUCAACCAUUAUUUUCUACUCAAUCAACUAUUAACAUAAAUCUCAAAUCAAAAAAACAUAAAGAAAAUAAACCUCUGACUGGAAGUACUCAUGAUUCAAUUGAAAAUAAUAACAAGUCAUUGUUGAUGUCAUCUCUACGUCCUAAUUCAAGUGUCUCAAAUUUAGAAGCUUUCAUUUUUGGGCGAAACGGGAGAGGAAAAUCAAAAUCUCCACCACCAUACACUGCGCUUUUAACGAAAAGCACGUCAAAAGAUGAAUCGACUUCUACUGAAGAUGACAUAUGCACUUCUUUGCCAAAGCCAGAGUCUAGAACAAUUAUCGGAUCUUACACUCAAAAAGGUAUUCCAUAUAGAUCAGCAUCCUUUUCUCAAGUUGAUUAUUCUUCAGGAAAAUAUGUGAAAUCCGCUCUUAAUGCCUUUCGUGAACGUUUCCGUAAAAGUCAAGACAAGAAUCAAAGUGAUUCUGGUGGGGACAAUAAUGCUAUUAUAUUAUCAAGAAAAAAAGAUGAUCAAGAAUCUGAGGAAACUAAACCUAAAGAACCAGAUUUUAUUUAUAUUCCAUUAAAAAAAUCCGAGUUAAAUAUUAAUUUGCGUUAUGAUGAAAACGAAAAACCAUCUCUUGAGAAUAGAGUAAAUCCGCCCGAAAUAAUUAUGGAAGAAGAUUCACAAAUUUCAGAGUUAGAUUCACCAAUGCGUACUGAAGCAGAUUGCUCUGAAGAUAUAUCGGAAGCUUCUGAUUCCGUAAUUGUACCUACUACAAUUUUAGAAGAUAAAUCAGAUGAAAAUCAAAAUAAAAUAUUUCCGAAAUCGAGUCCUAUAAAUGUGAGUAGAGAAGGAAGCGCUACAUCUGAGCUAACUAAUUCAAAUGAAAAAGAUUUGUUGAUGGAAUCUCCUCCUGAUAAAGUUAAAACAACGACAACAUGCCUUAUACCUAUUCCUAUAUACGAAUCAACGGACGUGGUUACUACUGAAUCGAAAGAUAAUGUAACUGAAGAUUCAGUGAGCACUGAAGGUAUUCCUACAGUUUUAAAUGAAGAGUCAAAUAAUGACGCGGAAAAAGCGCAUGAAACGCACUUAAAUGCAGAUAGCCCAGAUAAUGUUCCAAGGAUAUCGGUUAGUCAGAACACCCCCCAAGGUUCAAUAGAUGAAGAAGCAGAAUCUCCAAAUAUAGCAGCAGAAAUUAAUCCUGAAAGGCUUUCUGUUGAACAAACAUUUGACGACCAACCUACGGUUCCCACUCUUGUUGAAGAAGUAUUAAAUCGACCGCUUGAGUUUACUGAAGUUAAGAAACGUUACAGUAAUGAAGCAGCCAUUGGAGAUAGAUCUCAUUCAGCUGACUCUAUUUUGUCUCGCGGAGGAAGUUCAGACGAAAAACGAAAGCGAGAUAAGUCAAAACGACGUAUGGGUUUAUAUUUUCAAUGGCCAGCUGUUGAAACAAGUGAAAAUACGCAAACCAGUAGUGAGUGGGAUACAAGUAUUGACAGCACUGCUUUUGAAGACAAAAAUAAUUUGGCUCUAGAUAUAACCAAGGUAGACUUCUCAAAUUUAAAAUCCGAUAGUUCUCAAAAUGACACGUUAUCCUUGUUUUUAAAUGACACAUUAAAUCAGUCAGAGUUAAUUCAGACACCAGAAUCAGGUUAUAUAUGUGAAAUUUCGACUCCAGAAUCGGAAAGUUACAUUAAACCAAAAAUAUGGUCUCGAUUUAAUAGACGAACAUCUUUAACAUGUCAAAGUUCAGAAGAAAAAGAUGAUGGCUCUUCACCAGCGCCAUCUGUUAAUAGAUCUAAUAGAAACCUUUUGUGUUUUAAAAACGAUUCAACUUCUGAUAAUGAGAGUGACCGAACUCCACCGCCAUCAAGAGAUCGUACUUCUCCAUCUCCAGCACCAGGCGAUAGCGAUUUCAAGAGAUACUCAAAACGACCUUUACGGGGUCCUUAUGGUCAAAUGCUAGAAGCAGAAAUGAAAAAGCCAGGAAAGGUUCAUUAUGACGAAAUAUUUGAAGAACUCAAGGAAAAUGAUAAUUUGGGUAAAACUCAUGGAAAUCGUUCUCGUAUUCAAAAUAAUCGUUCCUUUGACGAAACUCGAACAAUUCCACAACAUUCAAAUUCAAUGCGUGUUCGAAAAACAGCAAAUUUACCUAUACCAACCCAUACAAGAGCUGCAUCUACUCCAUCACAAAUGGAAAGUACAUCAAGUUCUCCAGGUAGCAAUCGAAUAAGCUCUAAAGAUAUUGUUGGAUCAUUAGAAGAAUCUAAUGGUCAUUUAACAAAAGGAAAAUCAAAUAAAAAGUAUUCCAAUGAUAUGCACCGUGAACGUUCACCAAAACGAGCUUCAUCUGAAGCACCAGAUAUAAAAUUAAUAAAUUUUGCAAAACGAUCUCCUUCAUCAGCAAGUGAUCGACACCAAUUUUUACAGGACAAAUCACAAAAACGAAGUUUUGAAGAAAUGCGAUUUUCUCAAUCAAGUAGAACGAAUUCCGAAAGGAGUACAAUUUCGGAAUCAAGUAAAAGUGGUGGGGGUAGCGGGGUUGUAAAUAAUCAAACAAAUAUUGGAACUCUAAUGCCUAGUCCUGAACUAUUAGCAGCACUUUUAAAAGGUUCUAGUGAAAGACAAAUUUCAGAACAACGUCAACAAACUAUAGUGGAUACUCGUAAUCAUAUAGUUGAAGAAAUUUAUAGAACUGAAGCAUCAUAUGUUGAUGCAUUAACAACAAUUGUUACAAAGUAUUAUAAUGUAUUAAAGACCCCAGAAUCUGCUGGUUUAAUUGAUACAAAAGCUGUUGAUGAAAUUUUUUUUAUGACAACUGAAUUAUUAUCAAUACAUAAAAAAUAUUAUAAUGAUUUAAAAUCGAAAUCAGAUCCAUUAGAUCCAACAUUAUGCUGUGAAUCAUUCCUCGAGACGUUUUCUCAAACAGAAGUACUUGAAACUUAUACUUGUUUUGUAAAUAAUCGUGAUCGAGCACAUGAAGCGGUUAAAACAGCUGUACAAGCUCGACCAGCAUUUGGUAAAUUUUUAGAAUCAACGGCUAGAGAACAAAAGGGUAAAUUAACUUUGGAUAAUUUACUUAUAAAACCGAUACAAAAAUUCGUAAACUAUGAAAUGCUUUUUACAAGAUUAUUAAAACAUACUGAUUCCGAUAUUGAUCAGAAACCAAUACAGGAUGUCCUUAAAUUAGUUCAUGAUAUUUUAGUACAUUUGGAUUGUAAAAAGAAAGAGAUAAAUGAAAAUGGACAACGUGAAGAUGCCUUAAGACAAUAUGAAACAUAUAUUGAAGGAAUAUCGGAUUUAGUUGCACCAGAGAGACAAUUUUUAAUAUAUGAUUUAGUUCAAUUACCAUCAAAUCAUACAUCAAAUCAUAUGCGAGGCUUAUUUUUAUUUAGUGAUUUGCUUGUUUUAACCAGUAUUAAAAGACGUAGUGGAGCAAUUAAAAAACAAGAUUUUAGGAGCAAUACUUCAACACUUGACAUCACUUUUGCUUCUACACUCGAAAAUAUUAAAUAUAAAUUUUUAAGAAAAUUCCCAAUAGAAUAUGUGGAAAUUGUCAAAACUCAAGAUGAAAAUGCCCGACGUAUUGAAAAGGAUUAUGAACAAUUAGUUGAUGAUCGUAAUAAAAUACAGCAAAUUGAUCAAAUUCAAACAUCAAUAAAAUUUCAAUCAGCUUUACAUCAAGUUCUAGAACAAACAAUACGAAAUUAUUUAAGUGAAGUUGAAACACGUUUGACUGAAUGUGAAAGACAGUUAAAUGAUGGCCAAUUAAAUUCAUUAAAAUUUAUGAUAAAUAUACCGGGUGAUAGUCAACAUGUGACAGUUUUAUUUAGUAAAGCAGAAAGACGGGCCAAAUGGGAAGAAAUAUUCAAUGAUGCUAAACAAAAAUUAGCGGCCUGUCUUGAACGACAUCCUACUCCUGAAUUUUUAAGAUCAAUUGCAUUAAGAAAAACUAGAGCCGGUCUCCAGUUUACAUGUGCAGCACCAACAUUAACUGAUCAAAAAGAUGUUUGGGUAUGUAAUAGUGAUGGUUAUAUUGGUCAAGUUGCUGUUUUAAGUAUACAAGAAAAUCCACCAACUGUUUCAAGUUGUAAUGGAGUUUGUAAUGCAAGAAUAUUAUGUAUUGCAUCUGUACCAGCAUAUAAAGAAACAAGAAAAUCACAAAGUCGUCAAUCAUCAACAGAAGAACCGCCACAAAGUUGUAGAAAUAGUAGUUCCUCGGAUAAUUCAAAGAAAACUUCAUCAUCAUCAAAUACAACUGCGACAACAACAACAACAGUAACAGCAAAUAUAAAAGAAUCAAAUAGUAUGCCAGCAGGUAUUUCAACUGGUAGUGAUUUAAAUGAAAUUCAAUUAGACUCAAAUAGUUCAAGUGAUGAUUCAGAUCCUGAACAAUUAGGUAAUAUUAGUGGAACUAAUAAUGAAACCAAUAUAUCAGGAAAUGUUAAUGUUGGUGGAAAUCAAAUAAAUACUAUAUUGGAUUCAAACAAUAUUACAAAUCCAGAAAAUCGUAUAUCAAGUCCUAUACCAAAAACAAUUUCAUCAAUGUCAAAUUUAUCAACUAUUCAUCAUCAACAUCAGGACUCUAAUUCAGAAGAUAUGGAAUCUCAGCAAUCAACAAUGUGGUUAGGUACUGAAGAUGGAUGCAUACAUGUUUAUAAUAGUACAGAUAACAUUCGAAUUAAGAAAAAUAAAAUUAAAAUUGAACAUUUAUCGUCGGUUUAUUCGAUUUUAUAUUAUGACAAUAGAGUUUUCGUUUCAUUAGCAAAUGGUGAUAUUUGUGUUUAUUUAAGGGAUAAUGUUGGCUGGAACACAUCUCAUCCUUUAUGUAUAUCAAUUGGAACUGUUUCAAGUCCUGUCAAUAAAUUAUUAAAUGUUAAUGGAAAACUUUGGUGUACAAUACAAGGAACAAUUAAAGUUUUAGAUACAAAAACUUUACAGGUUGAGAGCACAAUACAAAUCUCUUCAGAUUCUAAACCAAUUACAAAUAUGGCAAUAUGUAAUAAUUGUGUAUGGAUAUCAAUACAAAAUUCAGCUGUAAUUAAAUGUUUUCAUUCCACUAGUCAUGAAUUAAUAUUCGAAGUUAAUUUAGCACCAUCAGUUAAUAAAAUGUUAUCAAAUUGUGACGACAUAAUACGACAACAUAAAGCAGCUUGUUUACGUGUAACAUCCUUAUUAGCAUGUAAGGAUUUAAUAUGGAUCGGAACAAGUGCUGGUGUAUUAUUAACUAUACCAGCUCAAUCAUAUAUAAAAGGUCAAACAAAUAAUAUACCAAUUGUAACUGGUAUACCACACGGUCAUACCGGUCAUGUAAGAUUUUUAACUAGUGUUGAAUCAAAUAUAAUUACUGCAACAUCAUCAAUAAUAUCAUCAGAUAAUCAAGAAUUUGAUACAAUAUCAUCAAAUAAUAGUUAUAAUUUAAAUAAUAAUAAUAAUAACAAUAAUAAUUAUAACAAUAAUAAUAAUAAUAAUAGCAUUGGAAAUAGUAAUACAAGUAAUAAUAGAAGUAAUAGUAGAACAAGAAGUGAAAUUGGCAGUAGUAAUAAUUUAAAUAGCAGUAGUAUGACCACAUCAAAAUAUAGUAGUAAAAGUGUUGAUAGCAGUUUAGAUAGGAAAUCAAAACGAAAUACAAUACACAAUACUAAAGAUAAAACAAAAGCUGAAGCUGGUAAAACUUUAAUUAUAUCAGGCGGCGAUGGUUAUGAAAAUUUUGGAAAUUCGAAUUCAAAUUCACCAAGUGAAAUCGCUGGACGAGAAGAUAGUACAAAUCAUUUGCUAUUAUGGCAAAUUUAAAAAGUAAAGAGAGAGAAAAAAAAACCUUUUUUUGUUUUUUUGAUUGAACAAAGUAAUAAUCAUAAUUUUGUAAAGCAGAACACAGAAAAAAAAAACUUGAAACAAUUAAUUACUUAGAAUAAAAAUUACUAAAGAAACAAGGUUUCAAUAGAAAAAAUUUUAGAGUAUGCAAUUUGCAUAAAUAUUGAAAUUUAUUUUUUAAUCUGAAUUCAAAUUUAUAAAAUAAUAUAACCUAAACUAAAUAAAAAACUCAAAUUUUGGUAAUACCAUUAUUGUUUUUUUAUGCACAGUGUCCAAUAGUUGUAAACUAAAAUUUAAAAAUGAAUAUUUUGUUAUAAUUGUAAAAUUAUUCAUUUCUUUAAAACACUAUGUAUAUAUAAGUUAAUAUUAUUAUAUAGACAUAAACAUUUUUUUAUAUAUAAAAUUAUUUAUUGCACGU